AUGUACGGCGACACAGAAGAAAAACAAGUCAAGGUCGAUGCGGCCGACACAAACCAACAUGAAGUCCCAGACGAGAUGGGCCAUCUUCACCGGCGCCUCAACAACCGUCAGAUCCAACUCAUCGCCGCAGGUGGCUCCAUCGGAACAGCCCUCUUCAUCAGCAUCGGCGGUGGUCUCGCCAAAGGCGGCCCAGCUAGUCUUUUAAUCGCCUACACGCUGUACUCGCUUGUAUUAUCGCUGGUGAACAAUUCAAUCGCCGAAAUGAGCACUUACAUGCCCGUGGCGGGUGGCUUCGUCCGCCUCGCAGGAUACUGGGUCGACGAUGCGUUGGGAUUCCUUGCCGGAUGGAACUUUUUCAUCUACGAGGCGCUUCUUAUUCCGUUUGAGAUAACUGCACUUACGUUUGUCAUUUCUUUUUGGAAUGCGGACGUCACGAAUCCGGGGCCAACGGCUGGAGUUUGCGCCGCCGUUAUCAUCUGUUACGGGCUGCUUAACGUCCUCGCCGUCCGCUUCUACGGUGAAGCUGAAUUCUGGCUCUCCGGCGGCAAGCUCAUCCUCAUCUUCAUCCUCUUCUCAUUCACAUUCGUCACCAUGUGCGGCGGCAACCCACUACACGACGCCUACGGAUUCAGGCACUUCUCCAACCCCGGCGCCUUUGCUACAUAUUUAAGCGGCGGAGAUUUAGGUCGCUUUGAAGGCUUUCUCGCCUGUCUGUGGAGCGCGUCCUUUUGCGUCGUCGGCCCCGAGUACAUCUCCAUGGUGUCCGCCGAAGCCAAACGCCCCAGCAUCUACAUCAAAUCCGCAUUUAAGACGGUGUACUACCGAUUCUGCGUCUUCUUCAUCAUCGGCGCACUGGCCGUCGGCAUCGUCUGCGCGUACAACGACCCAACUCUCGUGGAAAUCUGGUUCGGCAACGGCGCGUCUGGCAGCGCCGCCGCGUCUCCCUAUGUCAUUGCCAUGGAAUCGCUCGGCGUUAAAGUCCUCCCCCAUAUUGUCAACCUGUUGAUCCUGACGUCCAUCUUCUCCGCUGGAAAUACUUACACCUACGCUGCUACAAGAGCCCUCUACUCGCUUGCUCUUGAGGGCCGCGCGCCCAAAUUCUUGCGCUACUGCAACAAGAGCGGCGUACCGAUCUGGUGUUUCUGCGUUGUCAUGUGUUUCCCCUUCCUGUCCUUCCUUCAGGUUGCCAACGGGUCCGCCAAAGUGCUAGGCUGGCUGAUUAGCAUCGUCACUGGCGGCGGCCUGAUCACAUACAUUGUCAUGUCCAUCACCUACAUCAACUACUACCAUGCGUGCAAGGCCCAAGGCGUGAACCGCAAGACCGAGCGUCCCUACUACGGCUACUUCCAGCCCUACGGCGCGUACAUUUCGCUAGCUGUGCAAAGUCUCGUCGCUCUCACGUAUGGGUACUAUGCGUUCCGGCCGAAGUGGGAUGUCGAGGUGUUCUUCCAGAAUUACUCGAUGCAAAUUUUGGCGGUGCUGCUCUUCGUGGGGUGGAAGCUCAUCAAGAGGACGCGCUAUAUCAAGCCUAGCCAGGUUGAUCUGGUUUGGCAGCGGCCUGAGAUUGAUGCCUAUGAGAAUAGCUUUACGGAGCCGCCGGUGGGCUUUUGGACCGAGAUGGGGCAUAUGGUGGGCAUUCGGAGGAAGAGCAAGUAUCGUGGUGAUGUGUAG